AUGAGUGAAGACGGCUCCGACGUGUCCGUCCAAUCUUUUAGAGUGGGGGAUAGGAAAAAACCGGUGACGAGUAACGUUCCGGCCGACUGCCAAGUUAACGGGGAGCAGAAAAAUGGCAAGAGCCGCAGAGCACUUCGCGAAGAGGAGCGCCGCAAGCGCAAGGAGGGACAUCUAACCGAUAUUAGUCUUGACGAGAUUUCUGUUCGUAGAGGAAACGUGUAUGACUUCUACGUUCCAGGCGUUAUUUUCUGCGUUAGGGGCACUUAUUCACAGUUUGAUGCCCUCGAGGGGAAAGCGAGACAUCUCCUACCACCGCUAACAGGUGACUGUUGUCAAACCUUCUCAACUGUGGCAGCAGUUACGCUUUCCUCCCUAGGGUUUGCUGUUAUGAUGCAAGACUGCUCGGAUGUCUCAACAGUUAACUAUCUGUUAUACAUAUCUGCAUGGUUACACCAACUCUCCGCCCCCGCAUGGCCGCAGCAAAAAGCCCGACCAACUAUUAGUGACUUGAACGCCUGUCUACGGCUUCACGAAUUCUUCCCGAGCCGCGUUAAUAGUGAUGAGUUUGAAGUCCUCUUCUACAAUCAGUACGAGAGGGCGAAAAGUCUGGUAGAUCAGUUGUGCCGACCGUACCUGAAACGAAGCCGUAGGACGAACGAAUCUAACCCUGUUUGUGGUUAUGUUAUCGCAUCAGGCGAUUAUACGGUGUCCAUUUUCUCGCUUCCGCACGAUACACGCAACAGGGACGACAGUCCCUAUGUUGAGGCGUGGACACUUUGCCUCUGUGAUUCCCAUGGCACGCAACCGUGGGCCGGCAACAAGGCUUCCAUUACGAGUCUUGCCCUCGGCGUGAAAAGACCCUGCGCUACGGCGACACGUGGCAUCUUACCAAAGGAAGAGGGGUUGGCUCACUUUGCUUUGAUAUUGUUUGCGCUUUUAGAAGACCAUCGUGCCAUGGGCGCUAAUGUGAGGCAUACGCCGUACAUGACGUGGUCACCAGUGAGGCGGGAACGGAUGACCGCCACGUCCGCGGAGGAACUGCGAGGAAUCAUCGACAAUAAGUGGCUGCCCGCAGUCCUAGAGAAUGAGGUAAUAGCUAGAGCAGCCACCAAGCAUAAGUUUACCCCAAGGCCCUGCUUCAUGGGGUUUACUUCGUCGAGGGUGGAAGCGGCCUCCAUUGGGUUGGCAGGGGCCGGAAAAGACGGAGUGAAGGCUUGA